AUGACACGCCAGUCUCCUGCCCGGCCCACCCGGGGCAGAGCAGCUCAUGGUCGUCAGCUCAAGCGCCAGGUGCUACAAGAAGACCGAAUCCCCGAAGUCUAUCAAGAGAUGCUGGAAGAAGCAGAAGCUCGAGACCCUGAGCAGUUUCAUUUGGAGAGGCCGAUUAAGCGACGUAAAGUUGGCGAGACUAGAGGCAUCAAUACGAAGGCCAUUCCGGUAGAUCCCUCAUCACUGGUACAAGACAACUCUGUUACUACAAACGCAGAUGCCACUGAAAAUGUGCAAACCAUCUACGAUUCAACUGUGUCAGAGGAAUCCGAUGUUGAGUGGGAGGAUGUUAACAUCAUGCAACCUGCAGCCGGACCAGCAAGCAGCACUCUGGCCACUCAGGGAAAUGAGGAAACCCUCCAAAUUACCUUGGACCAAAAACCAGAGAAAACCAAAAAAACCAUGCAAAGGCGCAAACCUGUCACGGUAGCAGAAAAAAAUCUACGUCUAGAUAUCCAUAAGGCUCACCUUCUUUGUCUGCUUGCACAUGUGAAUCUAAGGAAUCGAUGGUGCAAUGAUGAUAAGCUGCAGCGUUUCUUGAAACAAAUGCUUCACAAAAGAGUCGUUGCACUUUUGAACCCGGAUGAGACCAAACCACAAUUUACUCGUUCCACAACAUUUAUCGAUGGUCUUAAUCAAGCUGGUGAUAUUUUCAAUCGAAGGUUCCAGGUCACAAAGCCUGGACUAAAGCGUGCUCACUGGGCUGAAGACCAGACACAGCUAAGGCAAAGGAUUCAAUCUAUCAUGUCGGAUGCAGAAGUCUUUUUAUCCAAAGAGGAUUUUCUAUCGCAAGCCAAGAUCAUGCAGGGGUCUCGAGACUUUGGAGCCAUGCUUUUUUGCUCCCUACUACGUGCUGUUGCGGUUGAGGCCAGGCUUGUAUGCUCCCUACAGACUCUACCGUUCUCUGGCACAGUCAAGGAUAUGACACCAUCAAAAAUGGCCCCGCAGUACAUUGUUGUUUCUUCGGAUGAUCAUGAAACAUCUACCGAUGAGCGGCGGAAGGCAUCUGGAGCCCCAUUAACUCCGACCAGAAAAAGGCGGAUUGGGCGCCCACAGUUUACCACUCGGCCUGCUCAAGCAUCUGUACGAUUAGGCUCCCUCCCUACACUCCGAGAAUCAUCGUACCCUGCCUUUUGGGUAGAGGCCUUCAAUGAAGCUGUACAGAAAUGGGUCCCAAUUGAUCCUCUAGUGACCAAAUCUCUGGCAAAGCCAUCUAAAUUCGAACCCCCCGCAAGCGAUCCAUACAAUAGUAUGGCUUAUGUGGUUGCAUUCGAAGAUGAUGCUUCUGCGAGAGAUGUCACUCGGCGCUAUGCGAAGGCCUUUAAUGCGAAGACCCGUAAAAGCCGUGUCGAGACAACGCGCAACGGAGAGGAAUGGUGGAACAAAGCAUUGAAUGUCUACGAAAAACCUUUUCUUGACGAUCGCGAUGAAGCAGAGAUCAGCGAACUCACCUCUAAAUCUGCUGCUGAGCCCAUGCCACGGAACAUUCAAGACUUCAAAGACCACCCUGUUUAUGCACUCGAUAGGCAUUUGCGUCGCAAUGAGGUGAUAUUUCCGAAGCGUGUGAUUGGGCAUGUGGGUCUCAGUAAAUCGACAUCUAAGAGCGAUAAUCUCGACCCCGUCUAUCGUCGCUCCGAUGUGCAUGUCGUCCGAAGUGCGGACAAGUGGUAUCGUUUGGGACGGGAUGUCAAGGUGGGAGAACAGCCAUUGAAGCAUGUCCCAGCAGCACGACCCAAAAGCGGGUUCGCGAGCGAUGACGAUGAGGCUGAGCCAGAACACACUGCCCUCUAUGCCGAAUACCAAACUGAAAUAUAUCAACCCCCUCCAGUAGUCCAAGGAAGAAUCCCAAAGAAUGGAUAUGGGAAUCUGGACAUAUACGUUCCCAGCAUGGUCCCGCCUGGGGCAGUCCAUAUCAAGCGACCGGAUGCAUCUCGGGCCGCACGAAUACUCGGAAUCGAUUAUGCAGAUGCUGUCACAGGGUUUGAUUUCAAAGGCCGCCGUGGAACGGCAAUUUUUGGAGGAAUUGUAAUUGCUCUUGAAUACCAAGAAGCUCUUGAGGAGGUUUUGCAAGGAAUUGCAAAUGAUAAGCAGCAAGCGGCGCUUGAAGCAAGGACAGCGGAAACCCUUCGGCUCUGGCGACUGUUCCUGGUUAAACUCAGGAUUGCUGAAAGGGUAAAGGCGUAUGCGGACGAGGAUGAGGAAAUGGGCGAUGCAACCAAUACUGAGAUGAUGAAUGACCCACUAGAAGAAUUUGAAGGUGGAGGGUUCUUUCCAGAUUCAAAUCAACUAUCGCAAAGCUCCCGAUCUGAGAUUCGAGAGAGACAACAGACCGAGACCGGGGGUGAAGAUGAUUUUGGCGGGGGAUUCAUUGCAGAAGAAGGUGUUCCUAUUCUGAAAGAAGGCAACGGACUUGCCUAUGAGGAAAAUACUAAGGAAACCUUUGUCCCAGGAGAUGGAGGUGGCUUUGUUCCGGAAGAAGAAGUUAUUGCCAAUGACGCGACAGACCAAGGUAUAUCAUUGACACAGACCUCUACUUCGACAUCAAACAGACCAUUGAAGAAGUGGAAAGAUCACAACAAACCUCGCUACGAAUUAGUUGUGGUGCCAAAGGAAUCAAGCUCAAUGACCAAGGAGCAACCAACUGACAUGCAACAUGCCAUCAGCGAGCUAGAGGGGUCAUCUGAAAAGGCUCCAAUUACAAUUGACUCAUCAAAUAAUGGAGGGUCCAAAACCACCAGUGUUGGCAUUGUUUCUAGACCGCCAUCUCCGCAACAAGUGUCUCAAAAUGUGCCGAUUGUUGUGUCCGACUCUGAUAGCGAUCUUGAAAAAGGUUCUCUACUAUCGGAGGAUCCUGAGGAUAAGGAUGCUAUCCCAGAGUGGCUAAUGUAG